CGGUCGACCAAUAGGAACGUCCGUUCUUCGUGUGCUCGGUAACUAAGGACCCAGUAACAGAGUUCUCCUCAACCGCGUCCACAAAAAGUGUCCUGCUGCACGAGGAUCUUCCUUAGCAACCGUGGAUAAACAUGAGUUACUACAGCAUAAGACCCUCGAGCUCUGCCAGCUUCUCCUCUAACUCAACAGCAAGUGGCAUCGAAGACGACAGCGCCAGUCUCAUGCAACAGAAGCUGGAAAAACAGAGGGCACUGCUGGAGCAGAAGCAACGGAGGAAGCGUCAGGAGCCUCUGAUGGUCCAGCCCAACACGGAGGCUCGGCCCCGGCGCUCCAGGACGCGGCGUGGCGAGGAACAGGCCCCUCUGGUAGAGUCUCAAGUCAGUAUCACCAACGAUGUCAUCAUGGACGGCAUCGAUGGCCCAGCAGCUUUCAUGGGGUCUGAAGCUCCUGAUCUGGGAAUGAAAAUCCUGUCAGUGAGCCAGUCCAAGUCCCUGCCCAAGUCCCAGUCCCAGUCCCAGUCCAAGUCCCAGUCCCUGUCCCAGUCUCAACCCCAGUCCCCUGUUGCUGAGGAGCCCGAGAGAGAUGGAGACACCGAGACGCUGCUCGAGCCCAAGACAGACAUCCAUGAGUUACUGCAGAAGCAAGGUCUGUCUGGCAGUAUGAACUUCGAUGAAGCCAGCGAGCACGAGGACGACGGGGAGGAAGAACGUACGCGCUCUCUGUCCCCCAGCGCAGACACCAGACCUGUCUCUGCCGCCAGUGGCAAGGACGUUCCAGAGGUGAGCGGCGGAUCACCCACAGCAGAGAGCUCACUCAUCGACGUGGCCAAUCUAGAGGAGUUCGUCUUGCUUCCGGCGCCGCGUGGCGUCACCGUUAAAUGUCGAAUCACCCGCGACAAGAAGGGCAUGGACCGCGGCCUCUACCCCACGUACUUCAUGCACAUGGAGAGAGAGGAUGGCAAGAGAGUCUUUUUGCUGGCAGGGAGGAAGAGGAAGAAGAGUAAGACGUCCAACUACCUGAUUUCAGUGGAUGCCACUGAUCUGUCGCGAGAGGGGGAGAGCUUCAUCGGCAAACUGAGGUCCAACCUCAUGGGCACCAAGUUCACAGUGUAUGACAACGGCACCAACCCCUGCAAACACCCGGGGACGCUGCUGGAAGAGAGCAACACACGACAGGAAGUGGCUGCCAUCUGCUACGAGACCAACGUGCUGGGAUUCAAGGGACCACGUAAGAUGACCGUAAUCAUUCCGGGAAUGAACAUGAACUUCGAUAGAGUCCCCGUGAGGCCUCAAAACGAGCAGGAGAGCCUCCUGAGCAGGUGGCAGAAUCACUCCCUGGAAAACCUGAUCGAGUUGCACAACAAAGCCCCCGUGUGGAACGAUGACACCCAGUCUUAUGUGCUGAACUUCCACGGGCGCGUCACUCAAGCGUCAGUCAAAAACUUUCAAAUAGUUCACGACAACGACCCUGACUACAUCGUCAUGCAGUUUGGCAGAGUGGCUGAAGACAUCUUCACUCUGGACUACAACUACCCCAUGUGUGCCCUUCAGGCCUUCGCCAUUGGCCUGUCGAGCUUUGACAGCAAGCUGGCCUGCGAAUGAACCUCCUUCACUUCCACAUGUCCUCCCUCAAAACUCUUCUGACGGGGAUCUUUUCUUUGGAAGCCUUCAGAGUACAUCCACGAGGAGCAGUUCACAAAGAAGUCACGAAAACAAACAUGAGCCCGAAGGAGGAGGAGGAGACCGAUCGGAGACGUUUGGCCCCAUCCAACAAACGCUCCCGGUUCUUUCUUCUUCUUCAUUUUAUCGUGGGGUUAUUUUAAUAUCAAUGUAACCAUCUUGUACAGUGUGUGUGUGUGUGUGUGUGUGUGUGUGUGUGUGUGUGUGUGUGUGUGUGUGUGUGUGUGUGUGUGUGUGUGUACAUAUGUAUACACACUCAAAAGGGAAAAGACA